AUGGGCAUCCAUGCUGUUAGCGUCAUGCUAGAGGCUCUCAAUAGAGAUGCCCAACAUGCUACUAUCGCCAAGUUCAUUCAAAAUGAACUUCACGCUGAACGCGAGAAAGUAGCCUUGCUUCACCAACAAGGUUCUCAACAAGCAGAGUUGUUGAGAGAACAGGGUGUUCAACAGUUUGAACUGUUGAGACAGCACCAGGCUGCUGCUGGUGGGUCGAUGCACUCGCGUCGACCCGAGACUUUGAAGAUUGACAUCUCCAAGUAUAGGGGGGUCGAAGAAGACUCCCUCUUGAGAUGGUUCGUCGAAUUGGAUGACGCCAUAAGGGCGCGUCGCAUCGACGACGGGGAUAUGCAAGUUGCAUUUGCCUAG